CUGUUUCAUCAUCAUCUCAAAAAUUCAUCUGUUUACACUUUGUUCUUAUUCACAAAAUUUCCCAUUCAGAAAAUAAAAAGGAAAACAAAAAGAUAUUGGAAUCCUCCAGCUCCACGAACUUCAUGUAGAAUAAUCAUUGUCAUUCACACUUAAGAUGAGACAUUGGUCAAAUAAAAAAUUGGACUUGAGUUCUGUUUCCUUUUUUUUCUGCCCAGAAAGUGACAAUUGCCAGAAAUGCAAGUGAUUCAUUCUAGAUUAUUCAAGCUAUAAAUUGCAUUUUUUUUUAUGAACAUAAACACAUUCCUCACAUUCGAGAGUUAAAUUUAAGAGAGAAUAGCGGGUGUGGCCUUGUGGGUUUUGUUUCCUUUCCUGAUUUUUUCAGAGCAGAAAAUGGAGGAAGUUGAGAACAAGCAAGUGAUAUUGAAACACUAUGUAAAAGGGUUCCCAAAAGAGAGUGACAUGGGAACGAGAACCACCAAGACGAAGCUCAAUCUGGAGGGUUCUUCCUCGGGCCAAGUUCUUGUUAAAAAUCUCUACUUGUCUUGUGACCCUUACAUGAGGAACCGGAUGAGCAAGACUGAAGGAAGCUAUAUUGACUCCUUCACCCCUGAUUCUCCGAUUGGUGGAUAUGGAGUGGGAAAGGUUUUGGAUUCUACUCAUCCCGACUUCCAGAAGGGUGAUCUGAUUUGGGGAUUCACAGGUUGGGAAGAGUACAGCAUAGUUAGCCCUGCUCAAUUUAGUCACUUUAAAAUCGAACACACGGAUGUUCCUUUGUCCUACUACACUGGAAUUCUGGGAAUGCCUGGCAUGACUGCUUAUGCUGGUUUUUUCAAAGUUUGUUCACCCAAGAAGGGUGAGAAAGUGUUCAUAUCUGCAGCUUCAGGGGCAGUUGGCCAGCUGGUUGGGCAAUUUGCAAAGUCUUUUGGCUGCUAUGUUGUUGGAAGUGCCGGUAGUAAAGAAAAGGUUGAUUUGUUGAAGAGCAAAUUGGGGUUUGACGAUGCUUUCAACUAUAAAGAAGAGCAAGACUUGGUUGCGGCACUGAAAAGGUACUUCCCGGAGGGCAUCGAUAUUUACUUUGAGAAUGUUGGAGGAAAGAUGCUUGAUGCUGUGCUUCUCAACAUGAACAAUCACGGCCGAAUCGCAGCGUGUGGCAUGAUCUCGCAGUACAACCGCGAGGAACCUGAAGGUGCUCAAAACCUAUUCUGCGUAGUCACCAAGCGCAUCCGAAUGGAGGGAUUUCUGGUGUUUGAUUACUACGAUCAGUAUCCUGAGUUCUUGGAAAUGAUACUUCCACUGAUAAGAGAAGGGAAGAUCACAUACAUAGAAGACAUUGUUGAAGGGCUCGAGAAUGCUCCAAGUGCCCUCAUAGGACUUUUCUUAGGGCGCAAUGUUGGCAAGCAAGUGGUAGCUAUCACUUCUGUGUAAUUAAUGUUCAUAGUGUCGAAGUCUUUCCUUUCCUGGUUUGGUGUUUUUGUUUGGUCUUGAGAUGUAACAAACUAAAACCAUUUUAUUUCUGAAUGGGUUUUGAAAAUAAACGAGAGCAAUGUGAAUAAUUUAAGAAUCGAAGUCAACUUACUUCCAUUAAGAGUACUUGAACGAACUUCAUCCAAUGACUGCGUCAAAUUCAGCCAAUUGUUUGACAGUGGAUAAAUUUGCACGUUAUUAACCAGUGAUUAGAACAUGUACUCAUUUACAUUGUUGAAGAGUGAAGAAGAUGGAUCAUUAGAUGACGUGCUGAGCAAACGAUAAGCAAAAGAUAACCAAAGGCAUCCAUUUGUAACCAUCUUUUGUACUUGCAUUUCCAAAAAAUCUUUCUGGCUUGAACUUUUCUGGUUCGUCUCAAAAUCUUGGGAUGAUUUUGAAUACCCCACAAAUUGAUCAGCAUCAUGGUACUGUUAGGGAAGCCAUAACCUCACACGGUGCAUUCCUGUGAGGAAUCGUGAGGUAACUGAGGGGUUGCCGGAUACAUUCUUAGUGUUUCGUUUAUAACGCAUCUAAGAAUAUAACAUACCAAAGCCGAUUCAUCAAAUAAAUGUUAGUUCCCUACAGUGGUGUUGAUUUCUUCUUGAGCAGUCUUCAUUGUUGAUGUAUUGUUCAGUUAUACUGAUAAUGCUCGCUCCAUUGUCAUCAUUGAUGUGUCUGUCCCUGCUGCCAAUAAAACCUGCACAAGCAUUUAAGAGAUCUAUCAUUAACUCCAAAUCAGCAACAAUUUUUCCCUUAUUAUUGUUCGGUUCCAGACAAAAUAAUCCGCAUUACACCAACAUGUGUUUUGGUGUGAGCCAAAGUUUUAUCAAAUCAUUAUUCGAGGAAAGUUUAAGGCAAAUUUUUAACUAAGAAACAAGAUGUUCUUAGAUUAAAAUAAAUUUAUGAUCUGAAUAAGAUGUCCCUCCUGUUUGAACUAUGAUCUUCCUGCUGUUUUCCAGACAAACAAGAUGUUCUUUGAACUAUGGAUCUUCCUCCUGUUUUCCAGCAAAACCUCAAUCAAGGUCUUGAUCUUCUUUUCCCCUGUUUCCUUUACACAGUCACUACCACUGCCCUUCUUUUGAUUAAUUUUCAUCAUCUUAAACUCUUCAAUCAGAUCUUGUAUUAAUGAAUGUAUCCCUCUUUUCUUGAAGAACCCUGAACUUAUUGUCCAAUCUUGACCACCUCAAAAAUGGUAAAUAAUCGGCCACGGUCCCCUUCCCGGAAACACUCACUGUAUCUUCCACAAUCUCCUUGAAUCUUUUCACCUCGGAAGCAUCAUUCUCUCCGGAAUAUAUCUUCCCGGCGAUCAUCCACAUUAUGACAUUCAACCACUCACUCAAAAAGCAGAGUAUUCAUUUCCACACUCUGUUUUUCUUCAGAAGCCAGGAAAAUCCUUCUCAACAUCAACUUCACGCCGUCCACGCGAAUCCUUUGAGGCAAUUGAAUCCUAGGGGAUGAAAGAAUCUCUAAUUAUAUUAUCUUUCGUAACUUUCGUCAGUGAUCGCCGUAUAGCGCGUGCAUUAAGGACGUGAAAUUGUAUCCAAGGUAUUUUCCCGAGAGAAUUUCCUGGCGUUUUGCGAAGAUAAGAUCGCGUUCGUCAAAGGAUUCUUCGGCAGCUGAAAGAGAACAAACCAAGAGGGCACGACCCGAAAUCGAGCUGGCCGACGGGGCCAGAACGUUUGGAACUUAUCAAAUUGAAUUGCCAAGAAACUGACUCAUUUGAAUUGCACUCCAAACCAGUAAAGGAGAAACCGAGUAACUAUUUUACAUAAAAUGUUAAUAGUUUAAUGGUAAAUUAAGAAUAAAAUGAUUUGUCUGCUGGUAUGCUGCUGUCCGAGAGAAAUCUCUGCCGCCGCGGCCGAUGGCCGGAUUUGUCUGCCGCCGCCUAAAUAGUCAACUCCACCACCCAUGUUGACUGGUGCAGACUUGAAGCUUUUAUUUCAGAUCUGAUUGUUGGCCGGAAUGUGCGCGACCCCGUCGCUCCUCUGAUGCCUUGCUGCUUCUCCUGCCGUGCCCUACCAAUUAGCCUCCUGCUGCCCAUAGAUCUCGGCCUCCAGCCAGAUCCCACAUCAAGCGGCCUCUUGUCGCUGCAAUCGUCGGCCUUCGACUGCGCAUAUCGCCGGCCUGAAAACACCCGGCUGCGCUACUCAAACUCCUGCUGCUGCACGCAUCUACCAGAUCUGUUUCUUGUGCUCCAAACCGGUUCGCUGGCAUUCUGUUCUAAACCGGUCCGCCGGUCCAUCAUACCGAAGCAGAUUCGUCGCCCUGCUCUUCUAAAUCUGGUCCGCCGAUUCAUACCUCCAAAAUCGGUACGCUGGUCUGCUUCAUUCAAAGUCGAUUCGUCGGUUCUCUAAAUAAAAGACCGGUUUCCAAGAAACUGGUCAUUUUGGUAUAAAAAUGGACUGUAUCAGAUUAUGUGUUAGUUAGUUUAGACAUGUUGACUGUCGACGCUUAUACCAAUGACAACUUGGAGGCAACGAUUACAAAUUCUCUAUAUAUCACUCAUUGUUCGGAAUUCUCAAAUAUGCCCACCAAAUGCGGCAGUCCAUGAAUGGUGAUUUGAAGAUGUGAAUCAUGGUGACGGAGAAAAUGAUUACUGC